AGUCUCUGGAGCUUGCGCCAGGCACAGUACCCUCUGCUUAGACGCGGGCCUUGGAAGCCGGAGGGGAAGAAAGUGUUGCUGCCGGAGCUGAGACCAGGCGGCCAGAGUCCACAGGGAUGAACCUCGAGUUGCUGGAGUCAUUUGGGCAGAACUAUCCAGAGGAAGCCGAUGGAACUUUGGACUGUAUCAGCAUGGCCCUGACUUGCACCUUUAACAGGUGGGGCACACUGCUUGCAGUUGGCUGUAAUGAUGGCCGAAUUGUCAUCUGGGAUUUUUUGACAAGAGGCAUUGCUAAAAUAAUUAGUGCACACAUCCAUCCAGUCUGUUCUCUAUGCUGGAGUCGAGAUGGUCAUAAGCUUGUGAGUGCUUCCACUGAUAACAUAGUGUCACAAUGGGAUGUUCUUUCAGGAGACUGCGACCAGAGGUUUCGAUUCCCUUCACCUAUCUUAAAAGUCCAGUAUCAUCCACGAGAUCAGAACAAGGUGCUGGUGUGUCCCAUGAAAUCUGCUCCUGUCAUGUUGACCCUUUCAGAUUCCAAACAUGUUGUUCUGCCGGUAGAUGAUGACUCUGAUUUGAACGUGGUUGCGUCUUUUGAUAGGCGAGGAGAAUAUAUCUAUACAGGAAAUGCAAAAGGCAAGAUUUUGGUCCUAAAAACAGAUUCUCAGGAUCUCGUGGCUUCCUUCAGAGUAACAACUGGAACCAGCAAUACUACAGCUAUUAAGUCAAUAGAGUUUGCCCGGAAGGGGAGUUGCUUUUUAAUUAACACAGCAGAUCGAAUAAUCAGAGUUUAUGAUGGCAGAGAAAUCUUAACCUGUGGGAGAGAUGGAGAGCCUGAACCUAUGCAGAAAUUGCAGGACUUGGUGAACAGGACCCCGUGGAAGAAAUGUUGUUUCUCUGGGGACGGGGAGUACAUAGUGGCGGGUUCAGCCCGGCAGCAUGCCCUGUACAUCUGGGAGAAGAGCAUUGGCAACCUGGUGAAGAUUCUCCAUGGGACCAGAGGAGAGCUCCUCCUGGACGUAGCUUGGCAUCCUGUUCGACCCAUCAUAGCAUCCAUUUCUAGUGGAGUGGUAUCCAUCUGGGCACAAAAUCAAGUAGAAAAUUGGAGUGCGUUUGCACCAGAUUUCAAAGAACUGGACGAAAAUGUGGAGUAUGAGGAGAGGGAAUCUGAGUUCGAUAUUGAAGAUGAAGAUAAGAGUGAGCCUGAGCAGACAGGGGCUGAUGCUGCCGAGGAUGAAGAAGUGGACGUCACCAGUGUGGAUCCUAUUGCCGCCUUCUGUAGCAGUGAUGAAGAGCUGGAAGAUUCAAAGGCUCUGUUAUAUUUACCCAUUGCCCCUGAGGUAGAAGACCCAGAAGAAAACCCAUAUGGUCCCCCACCGGACGCAGUCCAGACCUCCUUGAUGGAUGAAGGGGCUAGUUCAGAGAAGAAGAGGCAGUCUUCAGCGGAUGGGUCCCAGCCACCUAAGAAGAAACCCAAAACAACCAAUAUAGAACUUCAGGGAGUACCAAAUGAUGAAGUCCAUCCGCUACUGGGUGUGAAGGGGGAUGGUAAAUCCAAGAAGAAGCAAGCAGGCCGACCUAAAGGAUCAAAAGGUAAAGAGAAAGAUUCUCCAUUUAAACCGAAACUCUACAAAGGGGACAGAGGUUUACCUCUGGAAGGAUCAGCGAAGGGUAAAGUGCAGGCGGAACUCAGCCAGCCCUUGACAGCAGGGGGAGCAAUCUCAGAACUGUUGUGAAGACCUGUGGAGUUCUUCAUUCUUCCCCACUUUGCUGUCAUGUGGCCUCUGGACACUGUGGUCAAUCAUUUGAGAUUGACUUUAAUUUAAGACAAAGGCCUCUGCCUCCUGCCCAGGAGGUGGAAGGAGUGAAUUUUAUGUUUGAAUGAAGAAGUGAAUUAUGGAAGAAGAGUAUCCCCCGCUUCCCUUCCCUUUCAAGCGUAAGUCCAAAUAGGCUCUCAGGAAUGAGGAUUUGAGAAGACAUCACAGAGGAGUUUUGACUCAUUUAACCUUAACAUUUAGUUGUGUUUCUGGAGAAAAGAUACAUGGUUUUUGCACGUCUAUCCCAGCAUCAUUUAGACCUGUCACUUCCUGUCUCCUGUUUGCCGCCUGUCCUCAGUGCAUGCCCUGGAGUGACAUGUUUUCCUGCCAGUGUCCUAGAAAAACUUCUCUUGGAUAUUUUCUUUCUUCCAUUUUCAAGCUUACCCUCUCACCAGGAUACCUCCUAUGUUUCUGUAUUGUCUACAAAGGAUGCUCAGGCAAAGAAAGUGCUUGAAAGAUUUCAAAUUCCAGAAAGGGAAGAAAGAUGAGAAGUCCCUUCUUCCUACCAUGCCAGAUUUUUCUCAAGAAGCUGGGUUUUUCCCUUCUUUUUCUUUCAUUUUGUGUGUCCCUCCAGCAUUGGUUUAUUUGCAUUAAUCAUGGUUUUUGAAGAUAGCUAGUUUCAUCUGUCUCCAGCAAAGAAUCAUCAGUAGUUCAUAUUGCACUAUCUCUGCUGGCUUCCAGAGAUGGAAACAAACCAAGGUGUCUCUAAAUAAGCUUCUUUUUUAUUGGGGUGGGGGAAUCUAUGCAAGAACUAAAGUAAAACCGUCCAAAAUCAAAGCAGCAACAACACAGGUCAAAUCAAAGAUGAAGGUAAAUUUUUUUUAUCAUUAUUUCCUUCCUGUAUCCAUGCUCCUGGUUUCUUACUACAUGUUUUCAGUCACUUCCUUUCUGUGAAAGGUCGCUUAGCUUUCUCUCUGUCUCUUUUUUUAUUUUUGUGCUUUUACUGUUCUUUAUAUGAAAAGUUGCAGAUUGGAUGGACAUGUACAUUAGAUGGUUGAAGUUCUCUGAAAAUCCAGAGUAAAGACACCAUGUGUUGAAAGGGCCUGCUGGCCUCUCUGAGUGGAGCUUUUUAGCUGACCAAGAGUUGGUUACCCUGGGUACAUUUUCUCAGUAUUUUCAAAGGAGAGUUUAAACACCAUGCGUAUUGUGAAAUCCACAUCAGCUGGGAGAUGCUUCUGUAAAUAGCUGAACAAGUUGAUUGGCUUUUGGAUUUGAGGUAGAAAUCAAGGUGGAACACAUCAGUAAGUCCCAUUCUGUCUUUUAGAACCAGGUUACUUAGCAGUUGAAGGGGAGAGCUCUCUCUGAGUCAGCUAAAAUGUCUGUAUUGUUAAAUGCCACGACUUCUCCCUCAAAUGCCCAGCCUGUAAAUUGCAUCUGAGUUACACCAGCAGUAGAGAUUGGUAGGUGGCUCACUAGACAUGUUUUUGUUUUGCAUACAUUAUACCCGUUCCAUUUUUCUCUACACUGUGUACUGCAGUCGUGUGCAGACUGCAAAGUACCUUGGUUUCCUGUUCUGUGCAUUUGGAUUUUAUGCUCUGUCUGCCUCCUAAACUGGCUACUGAGAAAAUCAACUGAAGCCUUGUCAGAUUGUCUCUGGCAGCAGCUCGUAAUAAUUAUUUAUGCUUUGGAUUUUUUAUUCCAGCUCCUAAAAUCUUCCGUCCAUUUUAGUUUGAAUUUCUCGAGUUGUACAAUAUAUGUAUAUUUUCUUCUUCCCCUGUUCCCCGCUCCAAUUUUGUUUUCUAAUGUUUGGUAGUUUUGUACAAGAUGAGACUUAGCCUUGGGUAUUUCUUGCUGAAGCUUUAAUGCUUUGUAAAUAAAAUCGGAUGUUUAUUAAAGAACAGAUGUAGAUGUUUGUUUGUAAGCACCGAUCACUUCUGAAACUCACCACUUUGCUUUGUACUAUGAAAAAUGCGGCUUUCUGUGUUGAGAGAAUGUUGGAUCUCCAUUCUGGGUAGAAAUACAGAAUUGGUAGGGCUGGAGGAUGGGCAGGCAGUCCAGAUUUCUGCCUCUAGACAAGAUUAUAAAUAAAUGAUUUAAGGAAAAAGUUGAUAUUAACCCAAAAGAUUGUCUAGUGAUUCCACAGUGUCUCUUCGAAUUCUUUAGCUCAGUAGGAGUUUGUGUGAGUUGACUACUUUGUAGAAGCCACAGUGCUGGGCACUCUUGACGGUUACAGAAACGAAUGGGAGGAGGCUCCUGCCUUCUACGGACCUUUCUCACAACCUAAAACCAAAAAAAAGAAACAA